GGUGACGCAUCUUGGAAAAUCGAUGACAUAAAUUGCGAACAAGUUUUGAACAAUGGAAUCGAAGUACGACAAAGUUGCUUAUCCCGAAAAUGCCUACCUUCAUUCAGACAAUGAACAAGAGGAAUUCGGCACAGGGGUUUACCCGGGUGUAUCUAUUAUCUCCAGGAAAUACAAACACGAGGACACAAUAAAGAUCGCUUGUUUCAAAGUAAAGCGAAAGUUCAGCCGAAUAGCUAUAGCAGGGGCUAUUCUAGCUCUUCUGCUCUUGAUAAUAGCUAUCGCCAUAAUCAGCACUUCUGGUAAAAAGGGAUCAGAGGAAAAGCAAUUACUCCAUAACACCAACAGAAAGGCUUACGGGCUGUUCUUUCAGCCUGAUGUUGGUAACAAUCCCCUGAUUCACUUCAGUCCACAAGAUCAAGGUUCUAUGAAUCCAUACCUAAAUAAUCUAGAUUUCCACAUGCAUGAUUACAAUAGUUAUUCCUAUGAUAAAGAUCCUUACAUGGAGUGUAAAAAUGGAGAAAAAGUCCCUGAUGGCAAAGUUUGUGUACAGAAAGUCGAGACUUUUGGGUCACAGUGCACUCAUCUUGGUAACUAUGGAUAUUUACAAGGAAGACCUUGCGUACUUCUUACAUUGAGAUUGAGACCAGAUGAUGUGCCUGAGAACUUUCCUAAGGACUCUAAAGUAGGAAAAAUGCUGAAUGACACAUGGUCCCCUUACCACAUAGGUCUUAAAUGUGAGGGGGAGACAGAGGAGGACAGAAAACAUAUAGGACCAGACCGGUGGUACGCCCCACUCCAUAACAAAGACCAUCCCACUAUGAGAGAAAAGCCAAUCCAAAAUUUCCCUGAAACUGGAUUCAACCUUACAUACUUCCCUCAGAAAAAUCCAGACAAGUAUAUUGCUCCAUCUGUCAUGGUCCAGUUCAACACCAUAAUGACAAAUCAUGUCAUCCGGAUCAAGUGUGUGGCCUGGGUGUCAAAUCCUGUUGAGGGAGAAAAUCCAGAGGAGUCAGAAAUUUAUACAGCGAAAUUCCGAUUCCUAGUAACAUGAACAGUCUAAAAAUUUGAGUAUUUAAGAAAAGGGUACAUAUAUUUAGGGGUUAUAUGGAUAUUAUAAAAUAUUUUAAAUGUAACUUGCCUGGAAAUUUGGGUACAUCUAGAGGUUUACUAUUUGGAAGUUAUCCCCCUUUAUCUAUGAAAUCUGUAGGAUUAAUCUUUAAAGUUUCUUAAAAAAAAAUUUUAAGAUUGGGCAAUAAAGAAAAUUAACUUAUACCGGUAUUUAUUGAAAGUUGGGCAAUAGAGAGAAUUGAAAUAGAUAUAACUUUCAAGUCCAAUUCCCUUUGAAAUUUCACUUGAAAACUCUGAAAAACUGACUUACCUUCAAGAAUGAGUUGUUUUUUUUUAAUGUGAACGUUUACUAUAUUCUGAGGUACAUUUUGAUUUAAGUACUAUGUUAUUUAUGUAAAUUAUUCUCAUUUAAUCAGAAAUCCAUUUAACAAAUUGCCACUCAAAACAUGUA